CAGUUGCUUCAGCGGUUGAGUUUGCAGUAAAUAUGUUUCGCACUAGUUUGUUUUGCUAACGAUGCAACUGAGGUCACCGAAGGUGGUUAAGAUACCGGAACGCACAAUACAGUCCAUACUAGAGCCUGCCGGCUAAACGGUUGCAGCGCUUUUCUACGGAACAGCCAGAAAGGCGCGGAGCACUGUGAUUGGUUUCGGCAGCGAUCGAGAAGUUGCUCACCGGGCACAGCAGCAGCAGCAGCAGCAGAACAAUGAUUCAAGGCUACGGAUCCGUCACGCAAGCGUUACUGGGGACGCUGCUAACCUGGGGCCUUACUGCCCUCGGCUCGGGGCUGGUGGUGCUGCUGAGGGGCAACCAGCGGAAGUCGUUAGACAUUUCGCUCGGUUUCGCCGCCGGCGUCAUGAUAGCGGCCUCGUUCUGGUCACUGCUAGCCCCGGCCAUCGAGCUGGCCGAAAAUUCACACCUGUACGGUAGUAAAGGAGAGUUUGCAUUCAUUCCGGUGGCGGUCGGGUUUCUGCUGGGUGCCAUUUUCGUGUACGGUACGGAUAAGGUUAUAUCUUUCUUGGGUAUCAAUAGUCCAACGAUGAUGAUUGCAUUAACCCACGCGAACAAAGAUAAGGCCGACAUUGCGAUGGAUGAUCAGGUUUCGGUAGAACACGGCAAAACUUCGUACGCCGGAGUGGCGCCGGCCGGGCAGGAUCAUUCGCUCGCCAUCGGGAUGGACAGCUUUGCCGAUUGCCUGAACGCACAGCACGCCAGUGUUUCGCGCAAACGAAGGAAGGGAAGCUCGAUAUCGACCACGGUCAAGGAGCAGGCGGUGUACACGAACAACAGCCAAAGCCAGCUGGAUGCACAGCUGUCGCAAUGGAAACGGAUAAUGCUGCUGGUGGUGGCCAUCACGGUGCACAACAUUCCGGAAGGGCUGGCGGUUGGCGUUAGCUUUGGCGCCAUUGGAACCACGGAAUCGGCCACUUUUGAGGCAGCCCGCAACCUGGCCAUCGGCAUUGGAAUACAGAAUUUCCCGGAAGGAUUGGCUGUCAGCUUGCCGCUUCACGCCGCCGGCUUUAGCCUGGGCAAGAGCUUCUGGUACGGGCAGCUUUCCGGCAUGGUGGAGCCGAUAUUUGGUGUUCUCGGUGCAGUGGCAGUUAGUGUCGCAACGAUCAUCCUACCGUACGCACUAUCGUUUGCCGCCGGUGCUAUGAUUUACAUAGUGGCGGACGAUAUUUUACCCGAAGCCCAUGCCAGUGAUAACGGACAAAUUGCCACGUGGGGCACCAUAGCCGGAUUCGUGGUGAUGAUGUGUUUAGACGUGGGUCUUGGAUGAAGUAACUGAAUGCAGCUGACCAGUGUCUGACGACGCAGCACAUUGACCUGCUAGAAUGUACUUUAGAAAAGUAUUAUCAACAAUCCAAUCCUGCGUUCCCAUUCAUGUUGAUUACGUUUUAUUUUAUAGAUUUCCGAAGCGACUUAUACGUUUCUGGUAGUGUGCUUAAUAAAAGCUACGUGAAGAGUAC